AUGGCUGAUGCUCAUGAUACUGAUAAGAACAUUGAGGUGUGGAAAAUCAAGAAAUUGAUCAAGGCUCUUGAAGCUGCCAGAGGAAAUGGGACGAGUAUGAUUUCCCUUAUCAUGCCCCCACGUGAUCAGAUAGCUCGUGUAACCAAGAUGCUUGGCGAUGAGUUUGGAACUGCUUCAAACAUCAAAAGUAGGGUGAAUCGUCAGUCUGUGCUUGGUGCAAUCACCUCUGCUCAGCAGAGGCUUAAGCUUUAUAACAAGGUUCCUCCCAAUGGGCUUGUUUUGUAUACUGGCACAAUUGUGACUGAUGAUGGAAAGGAGAAAAAGGUGACCAUUGAUUUUGAACCGUUUAGACCUAUCAAUGCUUCUCUCUAUCUUUGUGACAACAAGUUUCACACUGAAGCUUUGAAUGAGCUCCUGGAAUCUGAUGACAAGUUUGGAUUUAUUGUCAUGGAUGGUAAUGGUACUCUGUUUGGGACCUUGAGUGGUAAUACAAGAGAGGUGCUUCACAAGUUCAGUGUGGAUCUUCCAAAGAAACACGGAAGAGGAGGGCAAUCAGCCCUACGUUUUGCCCGUCUUCGGAUGGAGAAGCGUCAUAACUACGUGAGGAAGACUGCUGAGCUUGCAACCCAGUUUUAUAUCAAUCCUGCUACCAGCCAGCCUAAUGUUUCUGGAUUAAUUCUUGCUGGUUCUGCUGAUUUCAAAACUGAGCUUAGUCAGUCAGAUAUGUUUGAUCCCCGUCUUCAGGCAAAAAUACUUAAUGUUGUCGAUGUUUCAUAUGGAGGGGAGAAUGGGUUCAAUCAGGCUAUUGAACUUUCAGCUGAAAUUCUGUCCAAUGUCAAGUUUAUUCAGGAAAAACGCUUGAUUGGAAAAUACUUUGAGGAAAUCAGUCAGGAUACGGGGAAGUAUGUAUUUGGCGUUGAUGAUACUCUUCAAGCUCUGGAUGCAGGAGCUGUUGAGACACUUAUUGUAUGGGAAAAUCUGGAUAUGACUAGGUACGUUUUAAAAAAUAGUACUACUGGUGAAGUUGUCAUUAAGCACUACAACAAGGAGCAGGAAGCCGUCCAAAGCAAUUUUAGAGAUCCUGAGACCGCCGCUGAUUAUGAGGUUCAGGAAAAGCUGUCUCUGUUGGAGUGGUUUGCAAAUGAAUACAGACGGUUUGGUUGCACUCUCGAGUUUGUUACCAAUAAAUCGCAAGAAGGUUCACAGUUUUGCAGAGGUUUUGGUGGGAUUGGUGGGAUCUUGCGUUACCAGCUUGAUAUGAGAACAUUUGACGAUUUUUCUGAUGAUGGAGGCGUGUAUGAUGAUGAUGAAUAG